GCGUUAGUAGCUCCUAAAACCUAUAUCUCUAUUAAUAAAACAUCUAAAUAAGUAGAAGAAUAGUGUAUACAUACUUUUAUAUACAAAGAAUCUUUUUAGACUUAUUUUAGAAUUAAUAAGCCAGAGGUAGUAUAGAUAUUUAAGAGGGAACUUAGGUGCAUAGACGUUUUUAGGUUUUGGACGCUGCCAACGUAACGGACUGUAAGUGGUCACGUGCGUCCGGGUUUCUUCCAGCGCGUUUGCAACGCGUCUUUCGGGCUCGACUGAGCUCAAUUGCAUCAAGUACGUCAAGAUUCUGGACCACGAUUUGUGACGACCGACUGCAACCUGUAUUCCGGAGUCCCAAUUCAAUCCCCUGCCAGAAGUCAUCAUGUCCGACUACGAGGAUGAGAUGGAUGUCGACGUCCCCGUGUCCAAGGACAUCACCUUUUCCUCCGACGCCAAGCAGGGCAAGCGCAGUGCUGCCAACCUCCCGGUCGAGGCAGAAGACAGCCUGCCAUGGGUUGAGAAAUACCGACCUGUGAGCCUCGCCGAUGUGUCGGGCCACCAAGACAUCCUCGCGACAAUAAAUAAGUUCGUCGACUCGAACCGACUCCCCCACCUCCUACUCUACGGACCCCCGGGCACGGGCAAAACAUCAACGAUCCUUGCUCUCGCACGACGUAUCUACGGCGCGGAGAAUAUGCGGCAGAUGGUCCUUGAGCUCAACGCCUCGGAUGACCGUGGCAUCGAUGUCGUGCGCGAGCAGAUCAAGACGUUCGCCUCGACGAAACAAAUCUUCACACUUGGUCCAUCGGCGAAGUCGGGGGGCGGCGGCGGUGGCGGAGGUAUGGCGUCCUAUAAGCUUAUCAUUCUUGACGAGGCCGACGCCAUGACUAAUACGGCGCAAAUGGCCCUGCGCCGGAUCAUGGAAAAGUACACAGCCAACACGCGGUUUUGCAUCAUUGCCAACUAUUCACACAAACUCUCGCCUGCUCUGCUGUCUAGAUGCACGCGCUUCCGCUUCAGCCCGCUCAAGGAGCGAGACAUUAGGGUACUUGUGGACAAGGUUAUCGAGGAGGAGCACGUCAAGGUCAUGCCCGAGGCGACGGAGGCGCUCGUGAAACUCAGUAAGGGCGAUAUGAGAAGGGCGCUCAACGUGCUUCAGGCAUGCCAUGCGUCGAGUACGCCCCUCCAACCCAAAAACGCACCCAAGGUGGCCGAAGGCGACAUCAUCAGGGAAAUGAUCUCGACUGAGACGAUAUACAACUGCAUCGCGGCCCCACAACCCGACGCGAUCCAGGAGAUCCUGGACGUUCUUCUGAGCACAACGGACGUAACGUCCUGCCUGACAACCAUCAACACACUAAAGGUGGCGCGGGGUCUUGCAUUGGCGGACAUCAUCACGGCGCUGGCUGAGCAGCUGGCCACGUUGGAGGUCAAGCCGGAGAUUAUGAUCAAGUGGUUGGAUGGGCUCGCCGACAUUGAGCACCGAGUGGCGAGCGGAGGUAGCGAGACAGUGCAGACCGGUGCCGUUGUGGGCGUCAUUCGCAGCGGGGCAGAGUUGAUGAGCAAAUAGCAAAUAGAUAGGGUCACCAAGAAAAUUUCUCGGGGAAAGGGGUAAACACGGGGAGGGGAAGCAUAGAACAGAUAAUUCACGAUGUUAUGAUCAUCCUUGUCUGUCUCGGCAGUAUACACCACUAGGGAGACAUACCGAAC